AUGGGGCUAAGGAAGGAGGAAUCCGGCAGGUCAAACUCUGCGUGUCCAGGUGGUCAUCUGCCACCAGGUGGCGACAGAGAGUGGAAAGAAUGGGAGGGAAGUGGGCAGCUCUCCGGCGAGAUUCAGACAAAUGGUUCCCAAAGGGUGGGGGCUUCAGGGCAGAACAGGAGUCGCCUGCUGUUCAGAACAGUGAGCUUCCCUGAACCAAUCAAUGCUGGGGCCUUGGACACGCCCACUGCUGACAUCAAAACCCCGCCCACAAUGAAAGCAGGUUUCUCCUCCAUCACAAUCACAGCACGGAGGGUCCCCCAGGCACCCAGGGAGGGCCCAGUCCCUGACCCUGCAGCUCAGGUCGAUGGCCACGUGACCCAGCCUGCAGGAACACAGCCUUCCCCAGCUCAGGAUGCCACACCCACUUCCUCCCCCCAGGACCACGCUCCAGUGGUGCGCCGGAGAAAGGCCACAAUAAUUAAAGUGACAGAAUACCAGCAGACCCGCUGCUCUGGCGACAAGGUUGCCAUGGUGAGGCCGCCGGAGUUCAGACACAGCUACAGCGAGGGGGAGGGCAAGGGCGACGCCCUCUCUCAGUUCUGGAUACAGGGUGGGCUGGACCAGGUGGGGUCAUCGCCUCGUCGCUCGGUCCGCUCCUGCGCCCACCUGGAGGUACCGUCCGGGUCCAUGAACUCCGUCCUGUACCUGGACAAGUCGCUGUCUGUCUCGCUGCUGGAGCCAGAGAGCAGCAGGGAGGUCCACAGGUCUACCCUGUCCCUUUACCUGGGGGGCUCCUCCCCUACAGAGGGUCCGGCAGAGUCCCGGAAGAGAGGCGAGUCAGAGAGACCCAGGAGACCUCGGAGCUGUGCCGGCGUGUUCGGUGAUCCAGACCCAGGACGAGGUGCAACCACAGGGCCUGCGUUAAAGCAAUGGUGCCUGAGUCUGCCGGUGAAAUCAAACCAGGUCCACACGAGCAACAGCACCUCCAGUUUGAACCUGCUCUCCUGCUCCCCUGGAUUACCCCCCGCAGGGACAUGGAGCCCAUCGACAGAGGCUGCGGGGCGCCAUGGAACCGCAAAUGACAGGGUCUGCCCUAGCCUGACUGAUCUCAGCAAGGAGCGUCCUGCCUGCGGUAACCCCCAAGGACACGCAGCCCAUGGUGGCCUUGAUGCAGUCCUCUCCCAGAGUGCUGCUUCUGUUAUAGCCAAUCUGAAACUCCAACGACAGCAACACACUAUACCAAGCAGCCUUUCUGCAAAGGAUUCAAAGAGGCCCCACACCUCAGGGAAGACAUGGGCGCAGAAUUCUGGGAGUUCCUGUCGGACCCUGCAUGAUGAGAGAGCAGUCCAGCACGGUCCUUACAGCCCUCAGAGUGUGGAACAUGGAUCCCCCAGGCCUCCUCAUUUAAGGUCCAGCUGGCAGGAGCUGUGCACGGACUCCCCUGAUGGCUCAGCAAAAUCCCUCACUCUAAGAGAGGCCCUGGAGCUUUUCCGCCCGGACUUCAUCAGCCGCUCGCAGGGACGGGUGAAGAAGCUGGAGCAGCGUGCCCAGAAGAGGAGGGCCAUCGAGGGCGCGAGCCUGACCCCGCAGUCUGCCCUGGCUCGCAGGAGGAGGAACUGCACCAGGCCUCACCCGCUGAGUGAUAACCUUUUCAGACCGAAGGAAAGAGCCAUUUCUGGAAAGGAGAUGCAGCUAAGAUCAAAACGGAUUUACAACAAGCUGCCUGAAGUCACAAGGAAAAAGGAGGAAGAGAAGAAGAAAGUUAUAUCGCAGACCAACAGACUGCGGGCAGAGCUCUUUAAAAAAAAACUUCUGGAUCAGAUUCUUCACAGGAACAGCGACUGAGGGAGGCAGAGUUACGUCAUGCCACGUGGAGGAAAAAAUAACACGCGCACAGCUUUGCUGUUUCAGUAUUUCUGGCCCUCGCCGUCGUUGUGCAAACAGAAGGUGCUGUAGAAGCAAAGCCAUUGAAGAUUUCUUUGGAGAGUUCGGCUGGAAUAUCCAUUAUUUAAUCAGACAGUAUUAUAAGCAGUGCAGAACACGCUUUCUGUAGGGUUGUAUUAUUGUUAUUAUUAGGAUUCAAUGAAUGAAGUGUGUAUCCAUAUUCCUGACAUAUUAUUUGAUAUUUAUAGAGGGUAAUGUAUUAGGCAUUGAGUGGAGAUCUUUGAAGAGGCCUCAUGCAUAAUAGACAAUACUUCAAUGGAACCUAUUAGGUCCCUGUAUGUAAUAACGUCAGCAUGUGUUAACCUUGAGCUUGCAGUGGCUUUUGCCACAGGGCAUUGAAUGGGACAGCCAGCGGAUCAAGGAGGGUUUAGAAUGCAACCAGAUCAGAUGUGUUUUAUUAUUUUAUUAACCAGCUCUCCUCUCUGAUAAUGACAGUACUUAGUUGGUUUCUCUCCAAAGCUUAUGGGCUCACCCAGGUGCUGGCUGUUUUCUGUGAACGGACACUUUGGACAAACACUGACACCACGUUCUAUGAGAAAUUAACCUCCUGGGUCUCAAAGCCUUGUUUUGAAAACUAGUCACUUGC